UCUUCGCGUACAUCUCCUCCCAGAAGGCAACGCAACACAACUCAACAACAAACCGGAAACACUUCGCCUAUAAGCCAAAGUGCCGCUGCAUCCGAUGUGCAGCAUCCAUCAGCAAACGUCUAACCAACGACAGCGCGAAAGUCAGCCAUCGGUCGCAAGAUCAUCACCUACUAUUUUGCCGUGCACAAUUGGGAGGGCUGCAACCACCGUGUUGUAAGCGCUCGGAAUCGAUUUGGAUGGAAGUAUGAACCAAGAGCCUUUCACAUACGCCUUAUCGCAGAUCAGUCACUUAGUGUCGAACGUGAACAAGAAGAACACCGCGGCCACAGUUCGUCAGCUAGCGCAGUUGGUGAAGGACUUCGGACUAGAAGCCGAUCGUCACUUGCUGCGUUGCUUAUUCUCGUCGAUUGACUUUGGGGACGCCACACAUUCCGCUUCCAGAGGUUAUUGCCAGGCUCGCUUACUGGCCACUGAACUCGCGAGCCUGACAAACAAACCGCAGCUGGUAGCCAACAUUUGCUUCGCCGUCGACAAUCCAUUCUCGCAGCAAAAGUCCCUGAAGCCAACGGCGAACCUGCUGACACAGAUCACGAAAACACUGUCUUGCACACCGAUCCAGGAAACCGCACUGUCCAUUGCACUUUUGAACUCGGAACAUCCUGAAACAGUGCGGCUUGCGGAAACGCAUCUCAAAACCUGCCUUCGGGGGCUGAUAGAAAACUACGUCGAAUCUGAUCCUGGCAGCAACGUAGAGGGAAACCUAAACGACGUUUCGCCAGAAUUCUUACAGCAAAUACUGUCCCUGAUUUCGUACGGCAAACACUCCACUUACGGCCUUUCGGAUCAAACGUACGAACGGUUCAGAAAUCAGUUGUGUCGCGAUUUUCCGCGCGAUCGCGUACCGCUCAUUCUCGCACCGCUUCUGUACGCAGAAAAUUCAGAAAUAUCUGCCGAAAUAUUGAAAAUUAACACACAUAGCAUCCUACAAUCAUCGAUCAUGAAAACGUCCUGGACGAAUCUGGUUGUGGAAGUUGGCUACUCCUUCACGGCUACCCUUGACGAUUGCCGGAACCAUCUGCUGAAGGUUGGAGGACGAGAAAUAACUCCCCAGGAUGUGGCGAAGAUUAUGUCCUCCAUGUGCUUGACGCAUGAAACCCUAUCGGAGAGUAAUAUAAACUUGCCUACGCCGAGUACAUUCUGGUCGCAGGGCAAUGAUCCGUCGGGCCAAAAAGGCAAGGAUGGCAAUGGGGGGUCGUCAGCAUCGGAAAACACCACCUGGAAACCGGAAGUGCUGGUACAGGCAUUGAAGGAAGUGGUUCCUAACUUGAACUGGAAGGAGGUAUGUCUGGCAUUGGACCAUCCGGAAUUUAUGUUGAAAGACCGGGCGGGGCUGUCUUUGCUGUUGACGAUCGUCAAGAUGGGCAUGCAGUCGAGUAAUAUGGGACAGAACUUCCCGGUCGAAUGUCUGUACCAGCGGUGGACCAAUGUAGAGGGACAGCUGUCGAUCAUCUCACAGAUUUUGAAAAAUCAAGACCUUUACUCGUUUGCCGAUCACAUCUACACAAGCGUGUCGCUGGAGCUGCUUAAGACGCCACCGGAAACUGAUAAAGAGGUGGCAUCAUGGAUUUCGCUGCACCUGGUUGACGUGCUGCUAUACAUCGCGGAUCAUGCAAAUUUGAGCGAGAAGGUUAUGAAAAUCUUCAAAGUGCCGGGAACAAUCUGUCCGGAUAUACUGUUUUUAGCGCUGCUACAAAUCAACCCUCCGAUGACGACGGCAAGACAGGAACUGUUCACAAACCUGCUUCCGAUCUUCUUGGGCAAUCACCCGAACUCGGGAACCAUCCUGCAUCACGCCUGGAACCAUUCGACAUUUAACGUGACGUUGCGUCCAAUCAUACUGCACGGAAUGGCCGAUUGGUACAUGGUGGGAGAGGGUGACCAAUCGCGACUCUCUCGCAUUCUGGAUGUAGCGCAGGAUUUGAAGGCAUUGUCGAGUCUGUUGAAUAUUCGCUCAUACAUGUUCAUCAUCGAUCUCGCUUGUUUGGCCUCGAGACGUGAAUAUCUCAAGCUGGAGAAGUGGUUAGCGGACAAAAUCCGCGAGCAUGGUGAACCGUUUGUGAAGACGAUACUUAAAUUUCUGCAACGCCGCUGUCCACAAAUCAUGGGCGGGAAGUACAACGAGGAACAGAUCCCGAAGUCGGCUCAGCUGCCACCGGAAACACUGAGCACUAUUCUGAACUGUUUGCAAACUUGUAUCGGCAACUGCACGCCCGAGGUGGCGGAAAUGAUACACAACAUGACGCAGUACGGAUUGUUGCUGAACUCGAAGACGCGCGUCCAGCAACAACAGCAACAGCAGCAACAACAGGCGCCACAGCAGCAACCACCACCGCCAGGUGUGCUACGAUCCCACCGAGGGCUGGAAGCGUUCGGUCCGAAUGCAAUGAGCAGCCAACUGUUGCAACCCACCAUGGUGGAUUCGUUGAACAGUCUUACAGCGAACAUCGGCGGGCUUAGUAUCGGUGGACCAGGCGGCGGAAACAGUGCGUUCAGCUUCAACAACAUCAUAACUACGCCGGCUUCACCGUCGCGAUUGCUCCCAUCGAGCAGUCCAUUCCCGAUGAUGCCACUUCCGCCGGGUGCGGCAGGUGCGGCACAGGCAGGCCCGCUUGGCCGAUUGCAGCAAGCGUCGAACGAUAAGCUGGGUGCAGGCGGAGGUGCUGGCAUUCCGAACACCGCCAUCACCCAAUCGCCGUUCCAGGCGGAAGCUGCUGCUCAGCCAGUUUCGAAGGAGGUGGAAGAUGAAGCGAACAGCUAUUUCCAGCGAAUCUACAAUUUGCCACCGCAUCCGACAUUAUCGAUUGAUGAAGUGCUUGAUAUGCUGCAGCGUUACAAGGAUUCACCGAAUCGACACGAGAACGACGUCUUUCAGUGCAUGCUACGCAAUCUGUUCGAGGAGUACAAGUUCUUCCCUCAGUAUCCAGACAAAGAGCUACAGACGACGGCACAGCUGUUUGGUGGGAUGGUAGAACGAAAUCUCGUAACGACCUACGUUGCCCUCGGGCUUGCGCUGCGUUGUGUUUUGGAUGCCCUCAAAAAACAGGAAGGGUCCAAGAUGUACUAUUUCGGCAUAACGGCGCUGGACCGCUUUAAAAACAAAUUGCACCUCUACCCGAAGUAUUGCGAGUAUGUACGUUCGAUUCCCCAUUUCAGCGAGUUCCCACCGCAUCUGAUUGAUUACAUCGAUUACGGUGUCCGAGGCCUGGAUCCGCCGAACAAAACCCUUGGCCCGGGACCAUUGCCACCACCAAUCUUACAGUUCAUCCCGAGUGGUGCAGCUGGUCGUGGACCGGUCGGCAAUCCACUGUACCGAAGCAAUUCUGUAACCGGCACCAGCAACCUUACGCUGGCAGGAGUUUCAACGUCUGCUUCUGCCGCAGCCGCUGCAGCAACGGCAGCCUCCAGUGCUGGAAGCAGUUCGGGUACGCCAGGAAAGCUAAAUCUUACCGCGCAGCUAGUGGCCCCCGGUGGAAGUGGAGGUGUUGGAGGUGUGGCUGGUAGCAGUGGCAGUGGUGCUGGCAGUGGCACCGGUGGUGGACAGCCGCCUCGUGUGAAAUCAAUCGCAAACGCAACGAACAUAGACACACUGCUGGUUGCGACACAGGAUCGUGAAGAAAACAUCAUCGCGCCGCCGGACGCUAUUCAGGACAAGACCGCGUUCAUAUUCAACAACCUGAGCCAGAUCAAUCUGCAGCAAAAAUGUGAAGAGAUUAAAGAAAUUCUGCAGAAAGAUUACUACAGCUGGUUGGCACAAUAUCUCGUCAUGAAGCGCGCCUCCAUCGAAGUGAACUUCCACGUGCUGUAUUCCAACUUUCUCGAUGCGCUCAAAAUUCCGGAAAUCAAUAAGCUCGUUACGAAAGAAACGUUCCGCAAUAUCCGAGUGCUACUGCAAUCGGAUAAAGGUAUAGCGAAUUUUUCCGACCGCUCACUAUUGAAAAACCUUGGCCACUGGUUGGGAAUGAUGACGCUCGGUAGAAACAAACCGAUCUUGCAUCUGGACAUCGACGUGAAGUCGUUGCUGGUGGAAGCGUACAACAAGGGACAGCAGGAGCUGCUGUACGUAGUACCGUUUGUGGCGAAGGUGUUGGAAUCGUGUGCCAAGAGUAAGGUGUUCAAACCGCCAAACCCGUGGACGAUGUCGAUUAUGAAUAUACUCGCCGAGCUGCACCAAGAACCGGAGCUGAAGCUGAAUCUGAAGUUCGAGAUCGAGGUACUGUGCAAGAACCUCAACAUCGACGUGAGUGAUCUCAAACCCGCGAUCUACCUAAAGGAUCCGGAGCGUGCGCAAAAUCUCAAUUACCAACUGUCACAGCCGAAGCCGAAAGAGGCACCCGCAGUAAUGCCGGGGGCAGGAGUCGCUGGAAUCGGUGUUGGAGGUGGUGGUGGUGGUGGUGCCGGCAGUGGUGUAGUUGCGGUAGUGUCCCAACUUCCACCCGGUCCGGAUGAGAUGGGCUCAAGUGGCCCAUCUAGCUCACCGGCCAAUGUGGCGAUGGAUCCAGCACUAGCAGCAACAGGACCACCGGAACCUCGGUUCCACUACUCGGACAUCAACAUUGCAAAUCCGAGCUGCAUCACCCAGCACAUCCUCUAUCACCCGACCAUUACCAUUCUGCACACACAAUCUCAUCUGAAGGUGAUUGUAAAGAACAGUCUGGAGCGGACGAUAACUGAAUGGAUAUCGAUGAUUGUUGAACGCAGUGUUAAGAUUGCAUCGAAAACGACCGAGCAGAUCAUCCGUAAAGACUUUGCGCUUGAUUCCGACGAGACUCGUAUGCGACGCGCGGCGCACAAUAUGGCGCGUAGUCUGGUGGCUGGUAUGGCGAUGAUCACUUGCCGUGAUCAAAUGUUGCAAAGCAUCCAGAACAAUAUCAAAACGGGCUUCCUGGCAGCGCUUUCACACGCACAAAAGGAUAGCAUCGAGGGAGCCGCCACACAGCUGGCCUUGGACAACAUCGAGCUGGUGUCAGCCUUCAUCCAAAAGACCGCCAUCGAGAAGGUGGCCAUCGAGAUGGAAAAAAUUCUGGCAGAAGAUUUUCAGCUGCGCAAGAUUGCUCGGCAGGAAGGCCGACGCUAUUGGGAUGCUAGCGUACUAUCGUACCAGACGGAACGAAUGCCGGAGCAUAUUCGGCUCAAUGUCGGCGGUAUCUCGCCGAGUCAGUUGGCUGUGUAUGAAGAGUUUUCGCGCAACAUUCCUGGCUUCCUACCGAUCACGGAACGCGACGUGGCUCAGUUUGCACCGAAGAUAUCGGAGUUGCUUCCAUUUGUCGCUACACCCGACGAAAUUGGUGCAAUGUACGAUGAGCUAGCUAGCAAGAUGGAUGCUUUCAUCAAGGCGACACGCAUCAUUCCCAUACUGCAGCUUCAUACGAACAACAUGGAACAGUUGCUGGAAUAUUUGAUUCACGCGCACCGUUCGUUGGACAACUUAACAGGGUGUACGCUGUUGAAUAAAGCGGUGGAAGGAUUGCUGGAAGGUUUGGUGAACAUACCGGACCAGCUCGAGCACAUCAAGCUUUACCGCGAUAUUCAUCUGCGCGUGAUGCGCCUUAUGCAAGAUAACCGACUGUUUGGGCCGUUGUGGACGAACAAAGCCAUCACACGAUACAUGUUGGAGUGCCGCGAAGAGCUGCGCUAUAAUGUGGAAGCGGUCGAUUUACUGAUUUCAUCGAACUUCGUCAAUAUGCAGCAGUUCGACAUCAUGUUGGUGCAGCUGAUGGACAAUGGUAACAAUUAUGUGGCAGUCGUGUUUGCGAUGCAGUUGCUGCAGACGUUCUUUAUCGACGAACGCCACAACUCGUCCAUCACCGAGAAUGAGCUGGCAAGCACCAUCGAAAUGUUGCACCGCUUGACCGCACAUCCGCGUGCGCCGGAAGGGUUAACACAUCUGAUCGAAAUGCUCCGUGCCAACCACGAUCCAAACUCGUUCCUUAUGGAUCGCGCUGUCGUUGGACCAACAUCCUACAUUCAUGCGGGUUUAGCGCAAGCAAGGUCGGACAUUGACGAUUCACCUGGUUUUCUGGAACGGGCCGAAUUUCUUCUCAAGGAUUGGGUUACGAUUGCAUUAUCACCGAACAGCUGCCGUGAUCCGCUCAAGGGUUUCAGUGUGUUUGUUGGCAAGAUGAAUGCCCACGGCUUUCUAAAAGGCGACGAACCGCUGAUACGAUUCUUCCGCUUUGCUACGCAGUACUGCAUCGAUCUAACGUAUCGCAACAUGAACGAACUGAAUUCAAAAGCGAAAAUUUUCCAGUUCAUCGAUGCGUACGUGCGGUUGAUCGCGCUACUGGUGAAGCAUUCGGGUGAAGGUGUCAACACGAACACGAAGCUGAAUCUGUUGAAUAAGAUUCUUGGUAUUGUCGUCGGUAUUCUGUUGCACGACCAGGACGUCCACGCAACGACCUUCCAGCAGAUGGGUUAUCAACGAAUCUUUGCUAUGCUUUUCCUUGAGCUGACCACGCAAGAUCCAAUUUUGGAGAAUAUCAGCAUCAGUGUUAUCACCGCGUUCUGUCACACGUAUCACAUUCUGCGUCCAUCGGCUGCACCAGGAUUUUGCUACUCCUGGCUAGAACUGAUCGCGCACCGUGUCUUCAUCGGACGUGUUCUUGCGCUGAUCCCUCAGCAGAAGGGUUGGCACAUGUAUUCGCAGCUGCUGAUCGAUCUGUUUAAAUACCUUGCGCCGUUCCUGCGUAACGCCGAGCUAGCAAAACCGGUACAGCAUCUGUACAAGGGAACGCUGCGUGUGUUGCUGGUGUUGUUGCACGAUUUCCCCGAAUUUCUAUGCGACUAUCAUUUCGCAUUCUGCGAUGUCAUUCCAUCGAACUGUAUCCAGAUGCGCAAUCUGAUUCUCUCGCCGUAUCCACGAAAUAUGCGCUUGCCGGAUCCAUUCACUCCGAAUCUAAAGGUGGAUAUGUUGAAUGAUAUUGGCGGAUCACCGCGCAUUUCCAUCAACUACGUUUCCUCCAUCCAGCCUGCAAGCUUCAAAAAAGAUCUCGACUCGUAUCUGAAGGCCCGCGCUCCAGUCACCUUCCUGUCCGAGAUGCGCUCGAAUUUACAGAUUUCGAAUGAGGUUGGAUCGCGCUAUAAUAUACCGCUGAUGAACGCGCUGGUCCUGUACGUUGGCACCCAAGCCAUUGCUCACAUUCGAUCGAAAAAUUUGGGCCCAACAAUGUCCACGAUCAUCCACAGUGCUCAUAUGGAUAUUUUCCAGAACUUGGCAGUGGAUCUGGACACCGAGGGACGCUAUUUGUUCCUGAACGCGAUUGCCAACCAGCUACGCUAUCCGAACAGUCAUACGCAUUACUUCAGCUGUUGCAUUUUGUAUCUGUUCGCUGAGGCAAACUCGGAAGCCAUCCAGGAACAAAUCACCCGUGUUCUUCUCGAACGCUUGAUCGUUAAUCGUCCGCAUCCUUGGGGCUUACUGAUCACCUUCAUUGAGCUGAUUAAAAAUCCGAUUUACAAAUUCUGGGAUCACGAUUUCGUUCAUUGUGCACCGGAAAUUGAGCGCCUCUUCGAAUCCGUGGCAAAAUCGUGCAUGGUCGCUAGCAAAAGCCAGCAGCAAAUUCAAAACGUCGAGCCUGAUAUUACGGAGUGUAACUAGAUGGUGGCGAGAAAAAAUUUAAUCAGAUUAGACCCCAUCAUUUCAUCGAUACCCACACUCCCUAAGGAACGAUAAAUACUUCAAACUUGGCGUGUGUUACAUCGGUUGACGAUAAAAGAACAGCAGGUGUACAUACGUUUCCAAGUUUAUAUACUACAUAAAAUGGAAAAGAUGUCUACCAUUUUAAAAACAGGAGGAAAAUACUCUAACAAGCAGAAACCAAGAUCAGCAUGUAAAUUGUAACAAGAAAAAAUGUCGUUCGGUUUAAUACAGCAAACGAAUCGAGCAUGUUUUGCAUUUUCCAUUGCCUUCGGAGUGGCCGCUGAAGGUAAUGAAACUACUGCAAAACAAGACAAAACCGCUGUCCAAUGUAAUUUAAUGUACAGAGAAAAGCUGUAAAGCAAUGAAUGAGGGAAAGUGGCGUUAUAGGGGCGUAUCUGGUUCCACCAGUUCAUUUUACAAUGUGCGGUAGGGCAGGUAUUUAGAGCAGUAAUGUGUAGGAUAGGGUUUGUCGUAAUAAUUGAAAUAAAUGAUAGA